CACAAAAAAAAAGCAAAAAUGGCGGAAGGCGAUUCAUCAGGGAGUGUGGAAAACAUUCAGAAGUGGGAGAAGCUGGCAUCGGACGGGGAUGAAGCGAGUCAGGUUCGGUUAGGCGAGCACUAUCUAAAGCUUGCAGACUCAGGUUCUGAGGAAGAUCGACAAAAGUACGGGAAAGUAGCUGUCACUUGGCUUAUUGAGGCUUCCAAACAAGGAAAUGAGAAAGCAGAUGAACUCUUGAACAAAUGUCUCCAAACUAAAACAGGUGUGGAUGAUUCCAACAGAGAGGUAAUUGACUGGUGCCUCGAGACCUCAGAUGUUGAGAAAAAGAUUCGUCGAGCUGCCAAAAAUAUGUUCCGAGCCAUAAACGGCACUCAGAGGGAAGUUCUGUCUCGUGCUGAUUACAUAGAAUCUGUGAAAAAGCUUGCAGGGGGUGAUAAACUGGAGGAGAAACUGCUCCUGGCAGCAGGGAAGAAAAUUGGUGAUACGAUCAGUGAAACAGAAUUUGUCAAAGUCCUGUCAAAGAAGAUUCAAGGGCAGAUAACUCUAUCUCCUGAUGAAAUGGGUGAAGGCUCAGUUGAGUACAAGCAUGCUGGUCUGUAUGAAAAGGUAACCAGAUAUCCAAAAGAGACAGCAGUUGCCCUGUAUGAGACUGGGUUAGAGUAUGUCUCCAAAGAAGGCCUGGACUUUGUGAUGAAGAUGAUUCCCACCAAUCAGAUUUACCUCCUCUCAGUCUUCUUCCUCUACAGCUUCAUCAGUGCUGCCCUCAUCUUCCAGGUUGUCCCCCUUGUCAUAUUCUACCUCACCCUGGGAGUCAUGGGGGUCACAACACUACAGAUGUUCUACAAGAAGAGGAAACUGAAGGAAGCAAGCAAGCUUGCUGAUGUGCUUAAGACAUACGACGUUGGAGUUGACGUAGAGCAGACAAAGUCUCAGUUCACAUGGAACUCUUUGACACCGUAUCUAGUCUUUUUUGGUGCUCUACCUUUAAUGGUGGUCAGUUUUUCACUUGCAAACAAGAGUUACGUCCCUUGUUCUGAAAUCUGUGUUCUUUGCGGAGCCCUCUCAGCCGUGUGCUUUGUUGCCCUUAGUGAUCAUUAUGAUUUACUGACAUUGUUGUCUCUUUUUUGCAAUCUCCUGUCUGCCUUACCAACUUUCUUUCAUCAUUUUCCACAAAUACCAGUUUUCACAACACUACUUCAUAUUUUUACAGAUGCAAUAUUUACUAUAGAUUGUGGAUCAGGGUUUAAGAUCCAUUUUGGAAUCCCAUCCAUUGCUUUUCUGUUGAUCCCUCUUAUCUUUGUAGUAAUGGCAGCACAGAAGUCCUGGAAAGGUGUGUACAGAGUUCUUGUUCCACACCUUGUCUGUUAUUUCUGGUUCAACCUCAUGUUAAGUUUCUUUCCAUUUUCUUCUUGGAAAGGCUUGAUAAGAGCCACACUGGGCUAUUUCCUCUUGCCAUUUCUGAUCCCCCUUGCUUUGUUGCUAAUUGCUGGAGGCAUCAUCUAUAUGUUUUACAGUCUCCUCCAUACACAGAUAUUUGGAAAGCUUCUGAUCACUUUGAUCUUUGCUGCAGUACCUUUGUUGAUGACCCAGACAAAAGUCUUUGUUGGAAAGAAGUUAGAAAGCAAAAUGAAACCUGUGAAGAUUGCCAUAAUGGUUGUAUUUGGUGUUUUGGCAAUCCUCCCGCUAAUUUUUAUCCGAUUACCUACAACAAAAAGCCCAAAACCAUUUAAUAUGUCUUUUUCAGAAUAUAUGGAUUUUUGUGGAGACAAUGAGCUUGAUAAAAGCUUUAAAUGUCUACACCUUCAAGGACAAAAAGUUACAUGGAAUGGGGAAUUUGCACGUGCUGAAAUUAAGAGUGUAACAAAUAACAUUGAGCCGCUCCUGAGUGCAUUUCCUGUUUUUAUUGCAAACGAAAUUCGUUGUUUAUAUGGACAAAGGUUUGGAGAUUGUGACGAUGUGAAUAAAACAGAAUCAGAGCACAAACUGUGUAGAACCAUGGAUGAUCUAGGUCACGAAUGUCAUCUGAGGAAUCUGGACACGUACACAUUUGAAGUUUACAUUACAAUGCCAGAUUAUGUAACAGCAGAACUAGAUGCAGGUCACAGUUUCAGAGAGACAUUGUCAGCUUUGCAAACUAACGACAAAGUAGAGUUUACUGGUACACUGAUAAAAGAUCUUGGCACAAGGAACCCAAAACUGGCACUGAGACACAUUACAUGUACCAGCAGGCCGCUAGACCUGAUGAUGGAUCUGGAAGAGGAGAGCGUAGAGGAGAUGGUAAAAAGGGAACUCAAUAAUGCCAUCACUGUGACCUUUAAUUUCUUCUGGUAUCCUCUAGUGGAGUAUGCACCUUAAAUUAGUCUCUGUGAAAUCAGAACUCAAUAACGCCAUCACUGUGACAUUUAACUUCUUCUGGUAUCCACUUGUGGAGUAUGCACCGUAAAUUUGUCUCUGUGAAAUCAGAACUCGAUAACGCCAUCACUGUGACAUUUAACUUCUUCUGGUAUCCUCUUGUGGUUUAUGCACCUUGAAUUAGUCUCUGUGAAAUCAGAACUCAGUAACGCCAUCACUGUGACCUUUAACUUCUUUUGGUAUCCACUUGUGGAGUAUGCACCUUGAAUUAGUCUCUGUGAAAUCAGAACUCAAUAAUGCCAUCACUGUGACCUUUAACUUCUUCUGGUAUCCACUUGUGGAGUAUGCACCUUGAAUUAGUCUCUGUGAAAUCAGAACUCAAUAACGCCAUCACUGUGACCUUUAACUUCUUCUGGUAUCCUCUGUGAAAUCAGCUGAUUUCAGUAGCUCCAUUCAAUUCUUUGGGUACAUGUAUAUGCACCUUUGUGUGAAUCCGGAACUCAGUAACUCCAUCACUCACUUAUAACUUCUUUUGGUGUAUUAGUCUGUGUGAAACAAGGGCAUGUAUGUUUUUUUUUUUAGUUAAUAAAUUACUGUUGAAUUCUCAAAUGUAUGUAAAUUGAAAACAUCAUCAACAGAUGCAAAAUACACAUUUAUAAAAGAUGAAAUCAUUGAAAUUUAGCAAGAACAACCACUGGUCACAAUGAACACUUGGAUAUGCAUAAGAAAAAAGUUGAUGCGGUUUUUUUUAUUCGCAGUAAAUGUGUACUUGUGUAUAUUUAUUUGGAUGUAGGCUUAAUUUGGGAAAUUGACAGAGUAUUAUUCAGCACUUGUAUAAUAGUCUAUUUGUUACAAGGUGUAAUGCUAUACUUCAUAGAAUUUUAUUUACAAAUAUUCUUAAAUACUCUUAGAACACAAUAUUGUUAGCUUUUGAAAUGUUAUACAUUUAUAUCAAAUACACAUUUAUUUAUAUUUUAUCAAACAUUAAUAUUUAUAUUAAUAUUAUGUUUUCCUUGAAUACUUUGUUUUUUUAUAUGAUUUUUAUUUAUCAUUUAAUAUUGAUUUUUGCCUCACUUUAUCCCGUUUUUAUUUUUUUUUUUUACAUUUCAUAAAUGUAAAGCAUUUGAAGGAAUGUUAAUUGUUUGAAAUGUAAGUAUAUAAAACAAAUUAGACGUAAGAAAAUAAUAUAAUGUAAACGCAAUGCGCCUGAGACCACGGUCAUUCAUUUUUUGAAGCAUUAUCUUUAGCUGUUGUUGAGAACCUAUAUACUCCUAAACAGAAACAUGUAUAUUAAGCCGAUUAGUAUUGUAUACAGGGUUAUUUUCGCCCCGUGUAUUUUUUUGUCUUUUCACACCUGAAUCAAGUUUGUGCCAUUUUAAUUAUGUCCAGAUUAUGUUAAAGGGAUAAUGCUGUCGUGUUUGCAUUCGCCCUAUUUUAAAUUCGUCCACUUGCAUAGAAGGAAAAAGUGUCGAAAAUAUCCUGUAUACAAUACUUUUAAAACUUUUUGCCCCUAGAGAUGGAGGAUCGCAGGGUAUUUUUUGUUCUGUCUGUACCGUCCUAGAAUACAUAUGGACAAAUACUUUGAAAAUUGAUUGAAUUACACUAAUUUAAAAAUUGCAGAUUUUAUUGCAAACUUUAUAGUCUUCAUUAGCAGAAAUUGAUCGGUCUUGUUGUUGUGUAACGGUUACUAAAAAUGUUACCUGAUUUUGGAAAUGAGUAUAAUUAACAGAUCAUUUUGACAAAAUUUGUGUAUGAUCGAGUUUCUCAUGAAUCCAAAUCAGUCUCGUAUGGAUUCACAAUAUAAAAGUUCCAAGCGUGCGAUGUUUAGAGUGUACCCCAGGGGGAGGGGGUGUUAAUAGUCUUAUUAAGGAAAGCUCUUGUUCUAUCAGCUUUUUCGAUUCCUCAUUGUAAUGAACCCAUUUAAGGUCAUUUGUCUUUCAGGAAUAAUGUUAAAUUUUGCAUUGUGCCAUAUUUGAAGUGUUAAUAUAUUUCCUGUACACGUUUUCUGUUAAAUAAUGUACAAAGAAGCUUUGUUAAUAUUUAUUUUACGUAUCUGUAUCUACUUGAAAUUCAUAAUCUGCUGGUUUGUGAGGCCCUCCCUAGUGAAUUUAGCUGUACAUGUACAUCUUGCCAGUAACUUUAAAUUUUUGAGGCUUUUUAUGAACUCUUACUAACCAAAAAGUUAUUGUAUUGCAUAUCACUCAUGACUGGUUAUUACACAUGUAUAUUUCCUAUCAUACAUGGCAUAGAAUGCAAUUAAUAAAAAUGAAAUACCUGAA